AUGAUAGCGUCGUCGACGCUAGUCCCGACAGCUCCUCGCCCAUUCCCCACUUCUGGGUUUGAGAUGAUUGACUCUACAGAAAUGAUAGAAGAGGAAACGCUGCCUACAUAUUCCGCCGAAAAGUAUUAUCCUGUCCACAUUGGCGAGGUGCUCGAUGAUCGAUAUCAAGUACUCGCAAAACAGGGAUAUGGCGUAACAUCUACCGUUUGGCUUUCUCGUGAUCUGGACGUGUACGACCGCAUCAAUUCAGCCAAAACAGACCAUCUGGGCAGGACUUUUAUCCGCAAACUAUUAGAUCAUUUCUACAUUCAAGGCCCUCAUGGCCGCCACAUCUGCCUUGUCCAUCAAGCCCUUGGACUUAGUGUGGAUCAAUUUCUGUGUUUUCUUGACGGGCAGGUAAUGGGCCUGAAAGACCUCAAACCAUUCCUUCGACAACUUUUAGGAGUCUUGGGUUUUCUUCACACCGAAGCCCAUAUCAUUCAUACCGCCCAUGAGCCGGGAUUCUCUGGUAUCGAGGAAGGCGAAAUGGAGUACCCUUCACCCAGAAAGAUCCUUGACAGCCAAAUAAUCCACACAAGCCAGAUCCCCAUUCCAGGUAAUGGCUUGCCACUACUUAGUGACUUUGGUGAAGCUCGAUUCAUAGGCAAGAAACACGAUGAUGAUAUCAUGCCGAAUGUAUACAGGGCACCUGAGGUUGCGCUGAAAAUGGACUGGGAUUGUAAGGUUGAUGUGUGGAAUGUUGCUAUGGUGGCCUGGGAUAUCGACGACAUAUUCGAUGAUCGAGUUCAUCUCGCGGAAAUGAUUGCAAUUCUGGGUGCCCCGCCAGUUAAAUUUCUCAAACAGAGCAGAGUUCAUUCUGUAUUCUGGGAUGAUGAAGGUAAAUGGAAAGAUCUGGCACCAAUCCCUGAUAUAAAACUCGAGGGACUGGCAAGUGAUAUCAAAGGAGACAAUAAAGAGGGCUUUCUACGUUUCAUGCGAAAAGCAUUGAUGUGGAAGAGUGAAGAUCGACCAACGGCUAGAGAACUCAUGUUUGAUGAGUGGUUGAUGGAGGGGUUGGAUCUUAGCAAGAAGGUCAACCAGACGUAA